GAAACUGUCUCAGCAUUUUCACUCAGAAAAAGUCAGAGAGAAGUCUCACUUUGCUAAAAAUGGCGUUUUUGAAACUGCUAUUUUUCUCCUUCCUCUUUCUUCACAUUUUCUUAACAAUUUCAUCAAAUGGAGUUGCUGCUGAUCCAGAACCCAUUAUUGUUGAAGAAAGCGACGUCGCUUCAGAUUCAGAUUCAUCUAUCAGACUCCAACUUGACCAACUCAACUCCAAGAUUUCCCUUUUAGAGUCCCGCAUUGACGAGAGCACUGCUGAACUGAGAAGGAAGGAUGAGAGAAUCAAGGAGCUGGAAAAGACGAUUGACUUGAAAUUAGCCAAAUUGGCUUCUCUGCAAAGUGAACUUCAGUUUCUUCAGGAAAAAGGAUCUUUGAAUGCAAACGAGCUGGUUGCUAAGGCUAAUGUGCGCGCCACUGAACUUGAGCGCCAGAUAGAUGUUCUUAGAAGGGAUAUAGAAGCACAAAACAAGAAGAAAGAUACGCUGGAGACCAGUACAAAUGUAGCAGAGGAGAAAAUACAGGAACUGAAUCUUAAACUUGAAAGGCUACAAAGGAUAAAUGAGGAGCAGAAUGCUAGAAUCCGUAAAACCAAACGCGCUCUUCAAGUGGCAGAGGAAGAAAUGAUGAAGGUCAAAUUGGAGGCUUCUUCUGUUUCGAAGAAGCUUGAGGAGGUUAAUGAAGGAUGGCUUCCACCUUGGCUUGUUGUUCAUCUUGUACUCUUUCAGUCAAUUGUUACGACUUACUGGAAUGAGCAAGGAAGACCAGCUUUGGAUCGGACCAUAGAAAAGGCCCUGGAAACCAAAUCUGAAGUGGUAAAGUUGGUGGAGCCUCAUAUUCACUCAUUUAGAACAAAAUGGAUCCCUGCUAUGAAAGAGCGGUCAGUGGAAUUUGCUCAUGAUGCCGGACCUCAUUUACAGAAGCUUAAGACUAAGACAAUUAACCUUUAUCAUACAUCCAAGACGUUUGUGGAACCUCAUAUUGUGAAAGCACAGGAGGUCAUCCAGCCCUAUGUUGAGGAAGCUAGGAAGUUCACAGGCCCUUAUGUUGACCAAGUUUCACUGGUGAUGAAACCUCAUAUUGAAAACGCAAGGAUUGUCUUGCAACCUUAUGGGAAGAAAGUGCAUCGCCAUUAUAGGAAGGUCAAGAAAACCGUCAGUUUAUAUCACCGCCAGGCUCAAGAAAACAUACAUCACUUGCUGAAGAAUCACGACAUCACCAAGCCAUAUGCUACAAAGGAGUUGGCUUGGUAUCUGGCCGCAGCUUUGCUGGCCUUACCUGUGAUCUUUCUUCUUAAUUUGGCGUCAGAUUUUAUGCGUAAGAAGCCAAAGAAGCAUUCUCAUAGACACCAUCAUAAAAGCCACACACGUCGUAGGGCUAAAAGAGCACAUCCUGACAAAUGAAGUUCUAUGCUACAACUCUAUGUAUUCCAAUUGAGUUGAAGAUCGCAUGUUUCAGUCUCCCACACACAUCAAUAUCUAGGGGGUCGGAUAUCCUGGACUGUGAGAUGCUAAACACAAUAUUCGAAGAUUUUUGGAUAACGAAUUAGAAAGGUUGGGCCUUAGCAAAUAUUAAAUUCUUACACACAAAUAGUCUGCACUCUGCAGUUUGAAGAUGUAGAAAUCCAAAUCCAUGUGAUCUGAAGGAUUAGGCUUAAUCUGAUGAAUUAUCUCCCUUUCUCUUUUUGUUCUGUAAUGAGAUUGUAUUUAUUCCCUAUGCCAGUGAAAACAAAUAUUGAGAUCACAGUAUUUUGAUUGACACUGCAAUACAUUGGGUACAUUUUGUUUUCCCAUUA